ACACAUUCUUUCUAAUAAAUUACUUAGGCACCCGCAUAGAAAAACACCUCACUGUCUCCAUCACAGGAUUUUGUGUACCUGUAUAUAUAUUCACAGCAUUCAAACAUAAUUUGCUAAACCCAAGAUUUGUAUUCAUAUUUAUUUAAUUUAUUAUUUUUCCGGUUUUCAUUUUUUUUUUAUGGAGGAGAUAGUUUCUUUGAUCUAUAAUGGAUGUAGGUUAGCGAGAGACCUUGAAGUUAACCUACCGAAUAUAGCUAACCAGCCGGAGAUGCUGUGGAAUAACUGCGAAGAGAUCAUCAGAAUCUUUACUGACACGAGGGACCGAAUUAAUGCUCAGUUUGGCGGCGGGAGUCAAGGUGAAGAUGUUGGAGCAAUGCAGCAGUGGCUGAGGUACACUCCUCAGAUUGUGCAGCAGCAAGAAGGCGGCUCGGAGGGCGCUGUCGUGGCGCCCUCCGAGGCCGAGCGGUGGGCGGCUGGCGGCCGUGGGGACCAGCUGCAGCCUGUGGAGGGAGCUGCUAGAGGUGCAACAUUUCAGAGAACGAGAAGAAGGGAAGAGGAUGCAGAAAGAAGGAUCAUAAGAGUACCAGCUCCUCAAAUAGGAAACACGGAGAUUCCACCGGAAGACGGCUUUACGUGGAGAAAAUAUGGUCAAAAGGAGAUUCUCGGUUCUAGAUUCCCGCGGGCAUACUAUAGAUGCACACACCAGAAGUUAUACAACUGUCCUGCAAAGAAGCAAGUCCAGCGGCUUGCCGAUGAUCCAUUCACCUUCGAAGUAAUUUACCGGGGAGAUCACACGUGUACCGUAUCAUCCACAGCCCCCUCCAUGUCAGCAUUGCCGGAAAACACAGAAGCUUCUAGAGUCAUGUUCCAGCAAGCAGCUGGAACAAUGAGCAGCAGCCAGUUGCUGCAUUCAUCAACCACUACCUCAGUACUUCCGGGAAGCCAGAAUUGGCUGUCCAUGAGGACACAGCCUGCUGGUCUCGACGCGACAAAUACUAAUAAUCCGUUUGUUAACAUGCAUAUGUUUAGUAAUAUUAGUGGCAUGGUGGAGAGUAGCAGUGGAGUGGCCGGGCCUUCGACGAUGAGAGAUGCUGGUGAUCAGUACUAUGAACCAUUGGCGGAAUUCGUGGAUGUUAUGUUUAAUUCGGGGACUAGUAGCAACUCGAACAUGGAUCAUAUUUUUUCUGCGGAUAUAGAAGAUCAUAAAUGGGACAGUGGGGAAGACAAACAAGACUAGUCAUCCUGAUACUCAAUUCUUUUUCCUUUGACAGCAUUCUUAAUUAGUAUAUGGGUAAUUAUUUUUCACAAUAAAAGUAUGUAAAUUUUAGGGUACACUGCUGAAAACGAAGUCUUUUUAGUCUGAUGUACGACUAAAUUGUACUUAUAAUUACUUGGUAAAUUAGUUACUGAGUUUGAUUCAUU